UAUGCAUGCAUGAUUUGAUUGAACUUAUGAUUUCAACAAUUUAUUUUAUAGCACAUGAGAUUAUUUUUUUUACCAACUCUUUAAUAGGGCAAUUAGUGCUAAACCAUUCUGAUGAGUUAUUUAACGCAUUGUACCUGUCAUUAUGGUACGAAGCACCUAUAACAAUACAGAAAUUGUUAUUAUUUAUAAUGCAAAUCUCCUCGAAACGCUUAGUAACAAAUUUUGGCGGUGUAUGUGUUGUAGCAAUGGAAACCUUUACUUCAGUCACAAGCACGUCAAUAUCCUUCAUGAUGGUAUUCUUUUCCAUUCAGUAGCUUCAUGAUCUAACCCAGAAAGUAUAGUGGCUCGUAGUGAUAUAUGCAUGAUAAAAUUUUCUGUAGCGAAAUAAAGAAAAACUUGAUUAAACAAAAUAACAUUCUAUAUUUUAUUUAUUCAUCAAUAAAUAAUAGAAAAAAGUCACUACUGGCAUAUCACUUUGUUUUUGAAUAAUAUUUUUUAAACAAAAGCAAAAAAUAAAAUUUUAAAAACAUGAAUACAAAUUAGAAAGUUGCCUAUCAGAUGGUAUGUAUCAGUUUUAAUAAUAUCAUUUACUUUGUAUUAAUAUUUUUGAAACGUGAUACAAAGAGAGAGA